UUAUUCAAACAUAGAACAUUGGACUUUUCAAAAGGACAACAUUCCCCAUUGUACUCUCAUUUGUCUCUCAUCACCUCUCUUACAUAUAAAUCUAAAUCUCCCAUCUUUAACUUGCUCAAUAUAUGCACAUCCCCUUCAACGUUCUCAAAAAACCCUUUGAUGUUAAGUUUUAUCUGAAGCAAAAUGCUAGGGAAAAAGAUGGUAUCUUUGAAGAAACUAGCGAAGAAAGUGAAGGCUGUCGGUGGCGCUGAGCCAGAGCCUGAUACUCUCUACCAAGAAUGUUUGCUGAAGGGGUAUGAAGAGGAAAAGGAAUCUGGGUCUGGCGUAACCCCAACUGGUUUUUUAGCACUUUACGUUGGUGAUGAACGGCAGAGAUAUGUGGUCCCAACCAGCUACCUUUCCCACCCUCUAUUCAAGAUGCUGCUGGAGAAGGCCUACAAUGAAUUUGGCUUUGCUCAGAGGAAUGGCCUAGUGGUUCCAUGCUCUGCUUCAACAUUUCAAGAGGUGGUGAAUGCUAUUGAAUGCAACAAUGGCAAGUUUGACUUAGGAAAACUUUUUGAAGAUUUUGCUUAAAAGUGCAGAAACAGAUCAUCUGCCAUGUGUGUCAGUUUGUUUUUGUUUCUGUGGUUAUUGUUAAUGCAUCAGAACUAUGACCUUGUGGUGGGGUUAUGAUUAUUGGAUGUUCUGGCCGGAGUUUAGAUAACACUGGUCUUAAUGUUGGCUAGUUGAUCUUGGUAGCUUUAGUUUCAAUUGAAGCUAUUUGUGCAAA